UUCACUCCGGUCGCCAUUAUAGCCACGACGUCGUGUAACAAUCUUGUGUGAAGUGUUGUAUAGGUUAUUAAGUUUAAAAUUACAAUACAGUGCAGCGAAAACGCAAUAAAAACAGUGUGUUCAUGAUAAAUUGCAUAACAGUGACAAGAAGAUCGCUAUAUACGUGUAUUAUGAUUGGAGAUUGCACCAGACAUGUGUGAAACAAACAAACACAGAAGCGAGAAACUUAUGAAAACAGUGCCUCAAAGUAGAAUAUAUAAGAUUUAACCUAAUAACAUAGAGAUUUUGACUAAUUUUUAGUUUCCUUCACAAGUUUUUGACUAGUUUUAAUCAGAUAUACAAAAUCAAUAGUUUUUUUUUUUCAUUUUGUAAAUAAGCGUUUGUUGUUGGAAGUGUAGUUUAUUGUCUAUGGUUAGUUUGUGGGUAGUUGUAAAAUUUUAAGUGUUGCAAGCAUGAAAAUUCCGGAAACGUCUGCAAAUAUUGGAGCUUAUUAUGGCAAUGAAGAAAAUGGACAGUGGCAGCCGAACGGCGUGAUAAUCGACAGCGGCGUCGGCGGCGGCGUCGUGGGCAGCGGCGACGCGGGCGUGCACCGCCCCCCCGUCUACCCCGUGCACAUCCCCCGCGGGCACAUACCCGGAUACGUGAUGGCAGGCGCGUACUACCCCCCUGCGUACCCCCCCGCGCCCCCCGCGCCCCAGGACGACUUCGCUGACUACAUGUGGAUGGAGAAUGAGGAGGAGUUUGACAAACAGGUGAUGCAGCAACUAGAGGAAGAGGCUCUCAUGGAGCAGUGUAUAGAGGCGAUGCUAGAGGACGAGCAACGGGAGCAGAGACAGAGGCCGGUGUCCAAUGGACACAACCAUCCCACCACGAGCAACGGGUCAGCGCCGGUGUCGCUGCAGGAGGCGGUGUCGCGGUCGACGCUCAACCCGCUGGCGGCGGAGUUCGUGCCCAACAGAGCACGCCAGCCUCCCGAAGAAAAACAGUCAAUCACAGAAGUAAAGACAGAAGUCAAAACAGAAGUGGAGAGUGCAAAAGAAGUCACAGAAGUUACACAGAAGGACGUCGUAGACGGCAAGCAGAGCACAGAACAGAGUAAAACGGAAGAAUCAAUACCAAAACCCACCGAGCCGCCAGAGGUGAGCGCGGCGGACAUUUUACCCAUAGACGCGGAGAAAGAAAAAAAGCCGAGGGAAUCGAAAAAGGACACCAAAUCCAAGCAGGACGUGAAAAAAACACAAAAAGUCGACGUGAAAACGAAAGCUAAGCCGAUUGUGGUGAAAUCGGAGACUAAAAUGCAACCCAAGAAGAAGGAAACGAACGUUAAAGUUGUCAAAAGUGAAGUCAGAGUUGAGGAAACGGAGGCGCCGGUCGCCGAAGUUGUCAAACAAUCAACCCCGCCAGUGACGGAGGAAACGACGCAACCGGGAAUCAAACCCAUCAACUACGCCGCCGCGGCGAAGGCGAACAAGCCCAAGAAACCCACCACACCGCCCGCGACGAAACCCACCAGCCCGCCGGUGACAGAGAAGGCGCCACCGCUCGCGACGAAAACCGAGAAAAUCGAAAAAAAACCACCAUCAAAGGACAGUAAAGUGAAAAAUGAAAAGUCAGCGCCCAAAACAGAUAAGCCGAGUGUACAAAGGAAAAGUUCUAUGAAAUAAUUUAAAAUAAUGUUUUUUUUUUGUUUUUGAAGGCAAAAUUUAAUGUACAAAAAAUCUUCUCAAAAUAAUAAUUUUAAAUGUCACAUAUGUCUACGUUGUGGCCAAUGUUGCCACACUUGUGGGACGAAUGCUACUGAAACUACCGUUGUAAAUUUCAGUGUUUCCACACUAAAUCAGAAAAUACUGCUGAAAACUUACUGCUUUGAGGGAAAUCAAAUAAUAAUUUUAAAAUGUCACUUCUAUGUCUACCGGUUGUGGCCAGUGUUGCCACAUUCGCAGGACGAAUGCUACUAAAAACUACUGUUGUAUUUUUGUGUUUUCACGUAAAUAAUGUUAUUAAAAACUACAGUUUGCGUAUAAACUUCGAUAAUUGUGCUCCAAGCAUUAUAUAAUGUUUCCACACUAACAAAAAAUUUUAUGAAACAUAAUUAAAAUGCAACUGAAACAAUAAUUUGAGCACAUUGUGUACCGUUUUGUGGUGUGCCCACCAUAGAUGAAAAAAAAAACAAAAAUAAUCAAGGAAAGUUUAAAAAAAAAUCACAGAGACUUUAAGAGGACUAUCUGUUAAUAAUCUGCGGAUUGGUUGCUUGGCAACAUUGUUUUUAUAAUCAAUAAAUAACAUAAUAUUAUGAUAGAGAAGUAAAUAGACAAGUGAUUCGAUUAGUGAUAAGUCAAAAUGUAUACGAUUUUGACUGUUAUCAUGCAUUACAUAAACAUUAGGUUAAUUAAGCUAAGCUGGUGCAGUAAUUAUAUGCUUGAAAUACGUGUUUUUUAUAUAUUUUUUUAAACAAAAGCAUUAUAAAUAUUACCAAUUGUCAAUCUGUUGGACCACCUUGAUACAUCAUCAAAUAUCAAAUCGCUUGACUCGUUUCUUUACAGAGUCCACACACGAGUGUUUGUAUUAUUUAACCGACUUCAAAAUAAAAGCAGGAGGAUCCCAAUUUUGAGGCGUGUUUUUUUUUAAAUGCGAUCGUUUUUUUCCAUUUGUCUAUUUGCUUCUCUGUCUAUGCUAUCUAUACUAAUAUACUAGGUAAAGUUUGUGUGGUUGUAGAGGGUAAUCUCUAGACAUACUGAACCGAUUUUGAAAACUCUUUUACCAAUAGAAGCUACGUUAUUUGUGAGUCAUACGCUAUAUUUUAUCCCUGUUAUCCCACGGGAAAGGGAAUUACGUGGGAGAAACCGCGUGGUAUAGGUAUAAAAUAAUAUUUUCAAGUUUUAAAAGAAAAAUUAUAAGUACAGAGGAAAAAAAAUCCUACCAAAUAAUCCUCAAUCUAGACCUCGUUAUAAUGCUAUUUUGACUAUUUGACUAAUAAAGAAAGGUUCAUUCAUAAAGAAUAUAUACAUAAAAAUAAAUGAUAGUCGGUCGGUUGUAUGUAUGUAAAGUUAUAAUAAAUAAAUAAAUAAUUAUACUUUUUUUCUCUAAUUUUUGCAUAAUUCUAGUGUGAAUAGCUGUUAAUUGUGAUAUCCCAUAUUGUUUUUUCUUUCGCGAGGAAAAUAUGGAAAAAAAUCUAAAAAAAAAAUAAAAUUAAAAUAAUUAUAUAUUAUUGUAAAAAAUCCUAAUUAUAAUAUAGCGUACAUAAGAUUUAUUAUAUAUUAUCAUAUAGACGAAAGAAAAAAAUAGUUAUUAUUAGUUAUUAUUAUAGAUCGUCGAUUAUGUUUAGUGCGAUUUUUUGUGUUAAAAUAAUUUACGUCUAAACCAUACAACUAACACCAGUGUCUAUGUGGUUUAUGGUAGAACAUAUAGAAAGCUCAAUCACUCACAAGUGGAAAUUAUUUUGGGUGAUUGCCCUUUCAAGGAGCUGUAAAUCUGCCCAGAGAACCUUUCUCUUGUCCCAAAAUGGGCCUUUAUAAUUUACAAGCGGGUUGAUAGUAUGUUUUAGGGACACAAAUUGUUGCAUAGAAAACUUUUUUAAAAAUUAUUUGGAACCACCAAAAAAUAAUAAACAAAUUUUUCGUUUACAAAUUAACUAGAUAGUACAUUAAAAGUGUUCAAUACAUCCAAUAGGAGUUGGAAUUGAAUCCUUAUCCGCUGUGAGCUGUCAAUGUCAUGUAAUACUGUCAAAUGUCAAUAUGACACAAGUUAGAAAAAAAUAAAACCGCAGACAUAAGCAUGAAACAAAACUUCCAUAAAACGAGCGCGAUUACGCUAAAAACCACUGACAGUCUGUCAGGGUGUGAGUUGCGAGCAUGUUGCCAUGAUAAAAAUUCUUAAUUAAUGUUGUCAGCUAAUGAUGAAAAUAUAUUUUAUUUUAGUAAUUAAAAAAAUUGGGGGAUCCAAACAAAAAAGUAAUUUUUAGUUUUAAUGACUAUAUUUAACGUUUUACAAAGUAGUCUGCACAUAGUAAGCUAAUUUUUUUUUUUGUGUUCAUAAGUGCUAGAAAUCAGAGCCUCAAAUGAAAAAAUAUCUUUUGAGGUUUUACUUUUAAGACAUUCACAUAAACUUUGUUUUGUGAAUAUGAGAAAUAAGUUUUCACAAAAAAUCGCACUAAACAUAUUUAACAUUAUUAUUAAUAAUAAAAUUUAGCCUACAAAUAUAAGGCUGUCGAUUAUAUAAAUAAUGGAGAAACAAAAAAUUGUUUAUAAAAUUUUGAGGGUGGUGAUAAAAAAAUGUACAUUUUUGUGAAAGUUGCGGUUGAAAAUGUAUAAAUUGAAAAAAAAUAAAUGCACACGUUUUUUGUUUGUUUUUUAGAGGGUAUUUCAAUUAUUUUAGCACAUUAAGUGAUAAAGGUAUAGUUUAGUUUAGUAUAUCGAUUGCGAAUAUAAUUAUGUAUUGGUCUAUGAGAAAGUUUUGUCAUUUUUAACCACUUUUUCUCAAUCUUUUUAAACGAUUCUGUUCUGACUUUUUACAAAUUUUAACCCUUAGCGUGCCUGGUGGCAAAAAGUUACACAAGUCUACAAGUCACAAGUCUACAAAGGGUCUCUCAGAUCCAGAUUUUUAACUAGGAAAAUAAUAAAGAUUAUUAAAUAACAGUUACUUUUUAAAAUGAGUGUUUUAUGCUAACGAAAGAAAUUAGUUAAUUUUAUCGCCGCGACAGGGCAAUGUUUUUAAUUUUUCAUCUGUGAAGAUAAUGACAGAACUUUCUUUUACACCUAAUUUAAAAAAAAAAAAUCGUUUCAGAAGUAAAUUUCCCGACCAUUGGACACACUGCGUGAUGGAUUUGUCAUUUUUUUUUCUAGAAUUUGAAAUUAUACCAGUGUAAAAAUAAUUUAUAAUGAUUAUCUAUAUAACAGUAAUAUAAGUUAAUAAUUUUUGUAAAUAGAUGAAAAUUAAUUACUACAUACAUUGCCCAUGUUUAAAAUCAGCAAAACAUUAUGAAGAAUAAAACAUCUCUGUUAUAGUUGUUUAUUUAGUUAAGUAACAAUAAAAAAUUAAAAUAUAAUUUUUAUCACGCAGUGGUUAUAUUAAAAAAAAAACGAAGUUGCCAGUAGUUAAAAAGAUACGUUUUGGUAGAAAUUUCUUACCACAGUUGGGAGUUUUUUUUUUGUUGAUUAAUUAAAUAGCUGAAGUAGAUUUUUAUUGGUAGUGAUUAUUAUUGCAUACUGAUGGAGUUAUUUUUUUUUUUUUAGUUGAAAUGCAAACGUGUCUAAAUAUUAAAGGUGUAUUAAUUUUGUUUUAGUUACACAUCGGCAGGCCCUAGGCCUUCUAUAUAUUAAUUAAAAUUAUAAUCAGGGCUGCCAUUUCUAAAUCAUUAAUCUGUAGCAAUGUUGGACCCCAAACCACUGCCUUUCCAUGGUAUAAAUAAAAUUUGUAGAUAUUUUAUUCAAGAAUGAUAAAUGAAUUAUGAUAAAAUUAGUCGUCGAAAGAAACUUUUUUAUAAUUUCAGAUUGUAUUGCUAAAUUGGAACGUUUAUUAUGACAUGUUUUAUAGCACGGAUUAACUGGCAACACAACACGGGAAGCUACGCAUGAUGCGUCGAAUUUUUGUUUACUACCAAAACUGACAUUUUGGUAGUUUGAAUUAAAAAAAAAAAACAAUGAUUUGACGAAUUGAAUCAAGCUUGCUUCGUGUGAUGCUAAUCCCAGCUUUAUAUUUGCAUUUCACACUUGACUAUUAUAUGAUUAUUACAAUUUGCAGUUUUUAGAAAAUCAAUUAUUACUCAUUGACUUUUUAUUUGAUUUUACGAAUUACGAAUACGCUGUGCGUUUAUUUUCUAAAUUGUAAAUAAAUUCAAUAAAAAUAGGUACACAUUUUUAGCUAGUCUGGAAAUGUUAGUUUAAAAUAACUAAGGUUGUACGGUCGUCCAUCUUUGCCUGGAAAUUUGAAAAAAAAAAACAAAAGUUGGCGUUGGGUUCUAGUCGUUUUAAAACGAUGUCGUUUGUUAUACGAGUUGAUUGGUUUUCUAAAAAUUGUUUUCUAUUAUUAUUAAACCUAUAUUACCUUUAAAUUGAUACGGUAUGUUGUUUGUUAGUUUUUUAAUGUUUUGACAUCGCGUGGUUUUACACAAUUAUGAAUUAAAUUGUUAUAUAGAAAAAUUAAACAGUGCACUCUGGUCUUAUGUUACAUUAUUUUUCUUUUUUUAAAUUUUAAUCAUAGUAUGAAAUAUUUUGUAAGGUUGAAUAUUAGAUGAUUUUCUUGAAAAAAUCAGGUAAACUAGGCGCCUAUCUCGGCCAUGCGAUGUCGCUAUGCUCAUAAUAAAGUAUAAUAAUAAUUAAUUUAAGUUGUAUUUUCCCUUUAAUUUUAUAUGAUAAAAAUGCAAAUUCUAUGUAACAUACAUGUCACAACUGAUACUAUAGUGUUGUUUAUAGACGAAUUCUGUCAACAUAUGUACAAUAUUAUAAACAAGAAA